GCUUGAACUCUUGCGGUAGUUGCCUCUGGCUUGGCCUGUAGAUUUUCAUUUAUUAUCUUCAAGGAUUUCGAGUACUUUCGGAAUAUGUUAAGAUUUUAAAGUUGAAUUCUGUUUUCUCUUUUUGUUGUUGCUUUGGGUUCUUAAGUUUUUUAUCCGUCUAGAUUUCCUCCCCUGUGAUACUGAAUUUUGAUGUAUUUUGUGAAAAUUUUGAGUCGUCUUUGCAUAUCGGUGUUAGGGGAAAUUAAGAGAUGUUAUUAUAAAAAGGAACUUCAUCAGAUUGAUGUUAUAUAGAUGUUGAAAUCUUUGGAUUUAUUAAAGAUAGCUGGGACAAUCCUUGCAUUAUACUCGUGACAUACCCCACACCAAUUUUUUGAGGAGACUUUGCCGACCAAGUGGUCUGGUUUGAUACACAAUAAGGUAAUUGCAUACGGUCAUUAACUGCACUAGAUGUCGCAUGGGAGAUUUAUUCCAUUUGAUAUUUUUCCGUCUAUCCGUGAUAAGAUUGAAUUCUCUGAGGAUUAUAGAUCUAUUAGCGUCUAGAGGGCAAUAUUUGUACAGAAACCAGGACUGAGAGUGUAUGUCUUACCGAUGUCAAUGAACUUAUAGUUCAAAAAAUGGAGAAUGAGGAUGGGCUUGAGCUUAGCUUGGGUCUAUCCCUGGGUGGAGGUUCUGUCAAGUCUAAAGGUAAAAUUACUAGCUCCUCAGGUGCAAACCCUGAGGAAAGCGAUAGAGGCAAUAAAUUGGUUGAUGAUUUCAAGAAUUUUCUUCAUGGAGAUAAUCAGAGGCAAGAAUCAGACACUGGAUCUUUCCAGAGUAAUUCAAUUCCAUCUAAAGAUAAUUUUUUCAAUGACCUGUCCAAGGUCGGUGUAGAUGGAGACUCUUCUAUCGAUUUGAAGAGGAAAGGAACCUGGAUUGAAAGUAAUUAUGUAGAAGCUGAGGAUGAAAAUCUGCCAGAAAUCGGCAAUAAGCGGAAGUUGUUGUUCAUGGAAAUGAACAGUCAAAAGAAGCAGGAAAAAGAAUCUCAUCAUGUUGAUUUACAUGAAAAAGGAAGGGCAUCAUACAUUUCCUCUACCGAAGAUGGUUCAACUGCUGAAAAAGGAGAUGUAGUAGAGUCUAGAGCUGAAGAUUCAACAUCAAGGCUAUCAUCGAAACAUGAUGAUAGCUCCAAACAAUGUGUAGGAGAGACUACUCUGCCUAAGGGUUCAAAGGAUCUCUGUGGAUUUUCUGAUUCAGGUGCUGUAGAUUUAAGUAGGCAGAAAAGGUUUAACAGUUCAUCAGUAGGAGUUUCGAACUCUGUGCAAGCCAUGAAUAUGCAUAAUGCGCCUUUCCCUUUAUCAGUCAAGGAUACCAACACUCUUGGUGCACCCAGUACAUCUGGUCAUUUGCAAAUUGGUAUGCAGCACGUGCGACCUACUGUCAAUGGUGACCGAUCAGGGGCUGAACAUGUAAACCCUCGAAACUUGCCUCUUAUGGCUGGCAUUUCACCGCUUCAGAUUUCAGCAAUGGACAAAGAUAAGUCAUGGGGGUUGGUUUCUCAUCCUCAAAUGGUCCAUCAUCCCCAUGGUGGCGGUGGUGCAUCAACUAGCUCAGCUCCUGCGCGAGUAAUUGGACAUUUUUCAUCCGACGGUUUGUUGUAUGGUGGGAGGGUGACCGAACAUACCAAAGGUGAUAGCAAACAGCCCGUCGUGGAAGAGGGUUCCUCUUCUCGAGCAGAGCAGGCAAAAGGAAGCAGCCCCAACAUGAAUGCAAAAGACAUAUUGGAACGGUCGAAAGCAGCCGGUGUCUCCCUUGAUUUUCCAGCUAUAAAGCCAGGCAUUGCUGCAGACAUUGAAUUUGGAGGAUGUGGUUCAUACCCAAACCUUCCAUGGGUUUCCACCACUGCUCCGGGCCCUGCAGGUAAGACAAUCUCUGGUGUAACAUAUAGAUAUAAUGCAAACCAGAUUAAGAUUGUUUGUGCUUGCCAUGGUACUCACUUGUCUCCUGAAGAGUUCAUUCGACAUGCCAGCAACGAGAAUUUUAGCGCACAGAAUGACAAUGGUCCCGCAACGAUUCCAAACAAAAAUCCUGCUGCCUCGGCACAAAGCUGAUUUGAUAAACAUCCACAUUAUUUACGACUUCACUUGAACAAGAUCUGUUCUAUAAGUUGUACAUCUAAUCCUUAAAUUCUAAGGAUUGUUUGCUUAGAAUGAAAAUAUUGGAGUCGCAGAAGGGAAAGAAAAGAGAGAAGUGGCUGGUAGACAUGGUUUUGCAGGCACCGUUUGUAAUUUAUUUACUCGUACGAUAAGGUAAGCUGAUGGUGUUCAAGUAUUUUUCUAUGUAUUUAUAAUUUGAUUAUGUAUUAUAAUUCUCAUCGUUAAAUAGUCGCAUUGAGUUAAUUUUCACAAUGCUAACAAUCUUUUUACUGUCGAUUUAGAUCGAGAGUUCAAGCAAAAUAUGUUCAAA